AGGGGCAUCGUGAUGUAAUUUUACUGAAGUGAAAGUAAACUAAAGCAGGGCAUUGUACAUGGAAACAACGUCUGCUGCUCCUCACAAGGCUAACAACAACACAGCAGCACAGUGUCCAACAUUCGACAAGAAAACAGGAAAACUCCCAUACAGAUAUGGCGUCCCUUAGCAGUCUCUUGUCUGAAGAGCAGAUACAGUGCUCUAUCUGUCUGGAUGUGUUCACUGAGCCAGUUACUACUCCUUGUGGUCACAACUUCUGCAAGGCCUGUAUCAGUGGAUACUGGAAUAAGACUGGCCUGUGCCAGUGUCCAAUGUGUAAGGACAUGUUUUACAGAAGACCCGAGCUCAAAAUGAACACAACACUCAGAGAUGUUGCAGAUCAUUUUAAGAGGAUGAGAGACAGAGAUGAGUCCCCUGCUGAGCCUGGAGAAGUGGCCUGUGAUGUCUGCACUGGGAGAAAGCACAAGGCCCUGAAGUCCUGUCUGGAAUGUCUGACUGCUUUCUGUGAAACUCACCUGCAGCCUCACAACAGAGUUGCAGGCCUGAAGAGACACACGCUGAUCAACCCUGUGGAAAACCUGCAAGACAGGAUGUGUAAGAAGCACGACAGACUCCUGGAACUGUUCUGUAGGACUGACCAGACGUGUGUGUGUAAGUUCUGCACUGAGACAGACCACAAGACUCACCUCACCGUCCCUCUAGAGGAAGAGUAUGGACAGAGGAAGGCUAAACUGGGGAAGACAGAGGCAGAAGUUCAGCAGAUGAUCCAGGAGCGACUGCAGAAGGUUCAGGAGAUCAAACACUCAGUAAAAUUCAGCAAAAGAGCAGCAGAGAGAGAGAUAGCAGACAGCAUGGAGGUUUUCACUGCUCUGGUGCGCUGCGUUGAGAGAAGCCAGGCUGAGUUCAUUGAGGUGGUUGAGGAGAAGUUGAAAGCAGCAGAGUGGCAGGCUGAAUUUCUCAUUGAAGAGCUGGAGCAGGAAAUCACUGAGCUACAGAGGAGAUGCUCUGAGUUGGAGCAGCUCUUACACACCAAGGACCACCUCCACCUCCUACAGAGCUCCCCACCCCUCUGUAAGCUUCUGCCCACCAGGAACUGGUCUCAGAAAAGUGUCCACAGUCAGCUGUGUCUGAGAAAUGUAAGGAGAGUUGUGUAUCAACUGGAAUAUACUCUUCACAAUGAGAUGGAGAAGCUGCCUGACAUCAAGCUGAAGAGGAUGCAGCAGUAUGCAGUGGAUGUGACUCUGGACCCUGAUACAGCACAUCCAUUCCUCAUCCUUGGUAAGAAAAAGAGGAAACAAGUGAGAUGUGGAGAAGAGAAUCAAGAGAAUCUCACUAAUGAUCCAAAGAGAUUUAAAAAUAGUUUCUCUGUCCUGGGUAAGGAGGGUUUCUCCUCUGGGAGAUUCUACUAUGAGGUGCAGGUGACGGGGAAGACAUGGUGGUGGCUAGGAGUGGCCAGUGAAUCCAUAGACAGGAAGGAGAGUUUAAACCUGAGCUCUGAUGGACUCUGGACUGUGUGGCUGAAUGGCGAGAAUGGGUAUGGAGCCAACAAUUACUACCCUGUCCGCCUCUCCCUGAGAGAGAAGCCCCAGAAGGUGGGGGUGUUUGUGGAUUAUGAGAAAGGUCAGGUCUCCUUCUAUGAUGUGAAGGCCAAGUCUCAUAUCUACUCCUUCGAUGGAUGCAACUUCACCGAGAAACUCUAUCCAUACUUCAACCCCUAUCUUAGCUGUAGUGGUGAAAACUCAGCCCCACUGGUCAUCUCCUCUGUCAAUCACACACAGUGAAACAAGUUGUCACUAAAAUGUAAAAUACUCAGCUCAGCAGUUGAUUCGUUUGGGAUACUACAGAUCAAUAUUGUUGGGUGUGCAUCUCAAACUGUAUAAAGUAUAAUCCCUUA